UAUCAAUACCAAUAUCAAUGUCAAUUUAUUAUUCACCGCACCUUCCCGGCAUUGCCAUUGUUUUCCGCGUGAUAUUGAUUUAUUUUGUCUGGUUCACUGUUUUUAAUUUGCCCACAUUCAAUAGAAUUGUCUUGUGUUGUGAACAAGGUCACACGCAUACUCGGAGCAACCAUCAUUCACGCAAAUAUAGAAAUGGCUGCGCUUGUGUCAUACUUUCAACAAAAAGUUUCACGAUGUGGCCAACUAACAGGUACCUUUCGCAAUCGCUUAAAUUUUUUAUCCAAUUUUACUUCCAUUGCUUUGUUUGCUAUUUUGUCUUCAACAUGACACUGGGGAAAAUACUCUUAAAAGCACGUGCCAGAUAUCUCCCAAUGGCAACUAAGAGAUAGCACACCGAUUUUAACAAUGCAUUUGUUGCUCUUGACCACUCACAUUAUUUGGCCUCCAAAAAAAUUCAAUUCAACCCGUCUUCUCAGUUUUUUUUAGCUCCU